AAUUUCCAUAUAAUCGAAUUCUCACCAGCUCGGAUUCGUAAAGCACAACAGCGAAAAUAGUGAAAGCCGACCGUUCUUCAACCGCUCCACCAACCACUUGUCAAUCCCACCCUACCUCACUCCGUUCGACGCUCCGUGGCUUAAACUAGGUUAUGGUUACAAGCACAUCCCAAAAGCUCCCUCUCAUAUGUUUUGGCUGCAUCUUACUUCGCUUGGUGCUCGAAUUCCUCCCCGGUUGUCGGCUCAGUCCUCUAACACCGUUCUGGAAAACUUUGACAACCGUUCGGGUCCUUCCAGUGGACAUGCGCCCUGGCCCCCACACGAGUCCCUCGGUUGAUGCUCAACCGGUUUUAUGUUACACGUUCUCCGCGGAAAAGUGCUGGUCCUUGUUAGUGAGCGAGCACGAGAGAGAAAAUCUUUCGGUGCAGCUCGCCGUGGGGAAUUUCUUGGCCUGUCCGCGAUGGUGUUUGCUGGAGGUUCUUUCGCCAGCUCGCCUAUCGAAUUGAUCAGUUUAAUGUGAUACCGUCGGCCCGUUCGGAUGUGUUUUUCGCGGUGUCCUGUCCCUCUAGUGGAACGGUUUGAGCCAACCUUUCGGAGUGCUUUCUGUGUUUUUCCAGCAGUGUGAUACAGAGUUUUUCACAUUCUGGGCAUCAAAGGAACUUCCACCCUCUUUCGGGGGGCAUUAACGAUGCCAUGAGUCGCGUGUUUCGUCUGAAAGCGCCCCAAGUGGAACGGUUCCCUCGAUGCCUAAUGAGGCGUAACGCCCUUUGAGAGGGUUCUUAAAGUGUGAUUCCCAGACUGAUAUGCGGAUCGAGAGCGGAAUGAUGAAGGAUUAGCAUUUCCUAGAGGGAAAAAAUCGUGUGAAGAACGUAAGGGGGCGAGAGUACGAGUGUGGGGCUCGGAAAGGAUAUUUCCCACGAAAUACACUGCUGAUUAGUAAAGAUUGGCCUGUCAGGUGAUGUGAAGAGUGCAUAUAAGAAGCAAAAUUGAUGAGUUCUUGGAUGGGAGAUUGUUGAAAAAAACGUGAAUAAGCAGGUGACGCAGUGUACAUCUACCGAAGUCGUGACGUGUUUGUGUGUUACUUUAACUAAAGCUGGAAUUUCAAGUGAAAACGGUCAAGUGGGAUCAGAAGAUUGAGAGCGAGGAAGAUAAACUGGAGCACGGAUAUUCAAGUGCUGGGAAAAACUUUCAAGUUUCAACCCCAGCAAAAACCAUUCGCGGCGAGGGGUGGAAUGCUGGUACUGACCUAUCUGCUGGUAUUGUGAAUUACCCCUAGAAUAAUAUAGCGGAACGAGUGACAUCUCUAGGCCUCUGGAGCGCAAACAAGAUACGCCGCACUCAACCACUCCUACCGAGCGAACCAUUAUCAUUAUCGUCAAACACGAAAAUCAACUUCAACCGUAAGAAAUUGGACCUGCCACUUGCAUUCGACAAACAAUUCCGAAAGCGCGGGGAGCAAAAACAGAAAAGGAAACACGAAGAGCCUUUUCCAAUCCAAACUGGGCCCAGGCCCAAGUGGACGUGUCACGAAGUUGGUUUGAUUAUUUUUUAAUUCCGCGUUGGUGGGGCCCCGUGCCCAAAACUAGUCUCUGAACUCCGGCAGGAGGAAAAAAAAACGAAAUCAAAGCUGAUACGUGAGCUUGAAAAAUUCAUAAAGUUUCCUCCGUUGGAGACUUUUUCUUUACGGAGUUGGGCAACUAGAGACAAAGAAUCGUUUGAAGGUGCUGGAAACAUCCAACAAUAAGGUGCGCGUUAGAAAAGUUCGUUUCCGAAGAUUUUUAUUUCAGCGGCAAAGUGAAAAUUGAUACUCAAGGAGCAGUUCGUCGCGCAGCUCGUGAGUGCGUGUACAAUUUCAGACGUGAGAGUCUACGGCAGGUUCCACGGAAAAGCAAACAAACACGUGCACAUAAUUGGGGGAAAAGUGAUUUCGGUUCAGUUCGUGAGGUGUUGGUAGCCCGCCCGAAAAAAAAGUGGAACAGUCAGCGUAAAAUGAGGGGGGAAAUAAAGUAAUUAUAUUUACGCCGGCGACCUAACCAUUAUUCCCACCUUGGCUUCUAUUAGGCUGUCAAGGGUGGAAAGUUUAGCCAAACACGUACCCAUACUUUGGUCGAACGGAACCGUAGGGGGUGCGAGUGAAUUUCCCUCGAGACGCACGCUAUCGGAAUUCGGAGGGGUCUAAUAAUCGCGAGACGAAGAAGCAAGCAAGUGUGCGUGAAACAGAUGAGUGCCGCGAGGAAAACUUUCACUAGGGGAAAACAAUUUGGCAAAGUUGUGGCCAUGAUAAAGGACUCCAGUGCACGGUAGACGGUACACUACGUAUACGCAGCGAAAGGACUCUAAGACUUGCCCCGCGCGGCACGAAACCAACGACGACGACGUCUGCUCCAAUGUCGAAUGCAUGAAACAUAAUGGAUUACCUGGGCAACGAAAAAUGGACCUCCAUAGACGAUUGAAGGUCUUCCGGGUCGUCGCCUUAACAUGGGUAUGCUUCAUUGCAAUAUACUGUGUUAAACUGACGGAGGCGAAAAUAGGAUACUUCUGGCACAUAACGGAUUUACAUUUCGACUCGUACUACAGCACCAAGGGAGACAUACUAAGAAGUUGCUGGGCAAACGAAUUCAGCUCGUCCUCGAGCAACACCAAAAAGCCCGGCCCGUUCGGCGACUACAUGUGCGACAGUCCAUGGAGCCUACUGGAAUCCGCAUCACAGGCAAUGAAAUCCAAACAAGGCGAUAACGUUGAAUUUGUGCUCUGGACCGGCGAUGGCCUAUCCCAUGGAGCCAAGCGACUGCACGAGGCGGCCCGGAUGGAACUGCUGCGGAACGUCACCGAGCUGCUGAGUCGCACCUUCCCGUCGCAGUUCGUCUUCCCGGUGGUCGGUCACGACGACGGCACGCUGAACUUUGGCCAACUCGGCGAACUGUGGCGGCACUGGUUGCCGUCGGAGGCUCUGCAGACCUUCGAGAAAGGUGGCUACUACACAAUCGAACAGAAGCGCAGCAAUCUGCGGAUAAUAGCUUUAAACACAAACUUCAUGCGCCACGACCCGAAGUACUCGCAGUCACACUCCUCGGCGGUGAAACAGCGGCCGGACGGGUCGAUCCACUACGCCGGCGGUAUCGGGGGUCACGGGUACGACCGGGACCACCACAUAAACCUCGGCAAGCACUACCACCGGGACUACAGCAGCGGUGGUGGUGCGAUGGGUCCCGGUGGGAUGGUGGUGGGGAGCCCCCACGGCUACCCAGUGUACAGUGAUAGGAGAAGCGGCUACAGCAGUGGCGGCAGCAGUAGUAUAGCGGACGGUAGUAGUGGUAGUAGCAGUAGCGGUGGUCACGCCAGUGCAUUAUCGGGAUCAAGCAGCCACGAGUCGGAGAAGCAGUGGGCGUGGCUCGAGAGCGUACUAGCGCAGUCUAAGGAUAGUAAGAAAUUUGUAUAUAUUGUAGGACAUAUACCACCUGGUUCGGACGAGCGGCACAUUGGCCACAUGCCGUACGGACACACGAGUUUCACCGAGAAGAACAACCUGCGCUAUCUGCGGCUGGUGAAAAAGUAUUCGGAGAUCAUUCAGGGGCAGUUUUUCGGUCAUCUGCAUUCGGACUCGUUUCGGGUGGUUUACAGUGACAGCGGAAAACCAAUCUCGUGGAUGAUGAUUGCCCCUUCGAUCACGCCCCGGAAGAUGUCCGAGUCGAACAACCCGGCCAUGAGGUUGUACAAGUUUGACACCGACACCGGUCAGGUGCUGGACUACACCCAGUACUAUCUGGACCUGGAGCAGGCGAAUCAGCUGGGCGAAGCGGUGUGGCAGCCGGAGUACAACCUGACGACGUACUACUACGGGCUCGGUGAGGUUUCAUCGGUGGCACUGCACAACCUGGCCGACCGGUUCACCAAUGCGGACGACACGCAGUUUGCCAAGUAUUAUCGCGCCAACUCGGUGCGCCACUCGACGCAGACCUGCGAGGGUGCCUGCCUGCUCAAUCACUACUGUGCCAUAACGCGGCUGGAUUACCGCGAGCUCCGCAGCUGUCUGGAAACGGCAGCCAAGGCAAUGGCCUCCAAGAACGGCUCGGGCCUCAUCGGUGGUGCGCACGGCGGAAUCGGCCUAGUGCCACUGAUGGCCACACUGGCACUGCUCGUCGGCGGUUGGAGCUAUUUCGAUUGGGGCAGCCAUCGUUUCCGGAGUGUUGCUUUGUGUGGGCUGGGUGUGCUAGUGUGGAACAUUGGGGUGAUUCUGUUGGCAAAUGUGUGUGCUGCGGCUGUGUUACUGUGCGCUCGUGUGUCAUCCCUGUUGGGUUCGUCGCUUGCUGCUGUCGCGUCUCUUUCGCCGGUGCCAGUGAGAUCAAAGUUAAAGUGAGUGUGCGUAGCUAUCAAUUUUUGAUAAUUUUAGCCUUGUUUUUUUUUGUAACUCGACCGCGCCAGAGUGUACUCUUACCGGAAUGGAGGGAAACAUGUGAAAGAAAAUCCCAUUUUUUACAUAUUCAUUAUAUUUAUUGAUUUUUUUUUUUGGGAUUGCCACAUCCGCUCGGUGGUCUGCUAGUGCUAUUGCUACUACUGGGUUUACUUUAUCCCCAAUAACAAAUUACAUCGCGUUCGACAGGAUGACAGUACAGUAGUGCUAUGAAAACAACAUUGUUUUAGGCUGGUGUAAAACUUUGAUCUGUUAGAAAUGAAGUACAUUUCAUUAGGUAAAUACAAAUAUGCUAUUUUCUGAUUACUCUCUACAGCUUGUUAACUUACCAAGCCCGUGCACAAGGGGGGGGGGGGGUGGAUUGGGGGUUUGAGUGUUAAAUCCUCCCCAUUACCGAUGCUAAAUACACUUGGAGCUCUCCGCCUGUUGCCGAAAUUGGGAAAACCCCUCCCUUGGCACCACUUCUGUGCACGGGCCUGUAACUUAUUAUAUAUCUACCUACUUAAAAUCCAACUCUAAAGCUGUAGAUGGUUGUUUUCGCAAUACUGUGCAACAUUAUCUCAUCAAACAUUGACUCCCUGAGAGCCAAUAGAUACUGUUAUUCAUUUUGGAGACCAUUUUCCUUUACAUCUACAUCUUAUGGUAGCUUUUUUUUUAAUAUAAACUGAAGAAAUUCAAAACUAACUGCAGUCUAUGCUCCCCUUGGCAUCUUAUUAGACAUUUUCUGGAGUAUUCCACAUCAGUCGAACUACUAUAGAGUUCAGAACUUCAGAUCUUCACUUGUGACAUAAGACAUGUCUGCUACAACUUCUAAUAGCAGUUGCAAUUGAACCAGUCUAAUAUUGGUAUAGAAAAAAAAAAUCCAACGCAAAUGGUCCCCCUGGCCUUGCGUUGAAUUUUGCCCCCAUAAAAAGAUUGAACGAAACAAAAGCCGCAAAGCCGGUGAACAAUGGAAAGUGCUAGCAAAUUUAUGUCACCAAAUUAUUUUUUACUCCUACUCUCUGGUGUGGGUGAGAGGGGGCCAGCCCCAGAGGUAUCCUCUUGGAAAACAAAAGCUCAGAUGACAGAACAAAAAAAAAAAAACGAGCCCAGGAUUACUGCGGCCUUGUUGCUAUUAGCGAUGGUUUUGCUCUCAUUCUCACGCAUGUGUGCGCUCGGACUCAAUCUGGACAUUGCGAGGGUGGGAUGGUCGGUGGUGGAAUGAUUGCCUUGGGAAUGGAAAAUGCGCUCAUGGCUGACUGAUGACUGUUGGAGUAUUUAUGCACCCGAAGGAAUCAGGUCAUCACACAUCAUCAUCAUCAUCAGCAUCGCCGCUGUCGAUGACCGUAGAUUGCAGAUUGAAUACACCCACGUCAUAAGAGAGCAGCGUGUGUAAUUGGAUUAUCGUUCCAAACGAACUCUGACAGUAGUGCAGCGCAGUGGAAGGGUAUCGAGUCGGAUCAAGAGGACAAACGAUAUGGUUCGCUGUGCUGUUACCUAUAUGGCGAACUUUGAUCUGUGAGCGCGAUGGAAUUGGGUCAAUUUUCGAGCGACUUGAAUUUCGGUGAAUUCCUUUAGCCCCCGUUUCAAAGUCACGGUCGAGGAGUUCUGAAUUCGCGUGGGUUCUACUCUCUUUUUUGGGAAUGGAAAACCGUGUGCAUUCGAGCGUUUCUGGGUUGGUUUGCCUUCUUGGAAGAGGUGUUUAACCCUUCUGCAUGGGUAAAUGUCAGCGAUGGUAGAAACAGUUGCCGUUUAUUGUCUACAGUUAUUUCAUUGCUCUUUGCUUGAUGAUAUAUUUGGUAGAAAUCAAUUUUAAAUAGUGGAGCAACUGUUCACAUUUCUUCACGUUUUAAAGCUGUUUGAAAAUAAACAGUAAAAGUUUAAUUUGCAAUAAUACGUAAUCAGGAUGUUCGUGCUUGAAGCGUCACACGAUUCAGCAUUAGGUUAGCUUAGCCAGAAAACAUUUUAGGAUGCUGAUUCAGCUGAUUUCUCCUCACAAAUCAUUUUAUUGUUUAUUUUUCACGACAAGCAACAUUUUUUAGUUCAAUAUACUAGAAGAAGUAUCGUAAACCAUCUCCGUUUGUUACAUGGAAUUUCCGCUCACCAUUUUGGUACAUACGUGUUUUGCCUUUCUCGUACACUAAGUGUACUGGAAAGGCUAUACGUUCACUCCAAAAAUGACUUUUUGAUAGAAGGCCCGGAGGGUCGAGUCACAUAUACCAAUCAACUCAGCUUGACGAAUUGAGGUGAUGUCUGUUUGUGUGUAUGUGUGUGUGUGUGUGUGUGUGUGUGUGUGUGUGUGUGUGUGUGUGUGUGUGUGUGUGUGUGUGUGUGUGUGUGUGUGUGUGUGUGUGUGUGUGUGUGUGUGUGUGUGUGUGUGUGUGUGUGUGUGUGUGUGUGUGUGUGUGUGUGUGUGUGUGUGUGUAUGUGUGUACAAAAAAAAACUCACAUCACUUUUUGGCAGUAAACCUCAACCGAUUUUAAUGACCAACGGUUCAUUCGACGCGGAAUCUGGUCCCAUUGUUUCCUAUUGAAAAUGGUUGGGAUCGGUCCAGCCGUUCCGGAGUUAUGGCCAUUUAGGUGUUCCGGAUCGGUACCCCAGGAAGGGGCCAGAUAUGAAAACGAUACAAACCCAAUCAUGCGACACAUCAAACCGCGGCACUUUCAAAACCAUGAUGAACGGUGAACAGGAAAAUAGUCUCCGACCAUAUCUGAACCGGUAGUGUUCCGGAACCGGUUCCGGGUGACCCGCCGGAAGUGGCUAAAUAUGAAAGUGAACCAAACCCAUGCAUGCGAUACAUCAAACAGCGGCUUUUUCGAUAGCCUGACGAACAGUAGGCAGGAAAUUGUUCUCGGACCAUAUCUGAACCGGUAGUGUUCCGGAACCGGUUCCGGGUGACCCGCCGAGAGUGGCCAAAUAUGAAAGUGAACCAAACCCAUACAUGCGACACAUCAAACAGCGAAUUUUUCGAUAACCUGAUAAACAGUAGGCAGGAAAACAUUCUCAGACCAUAUCUGAACCGGUAGUAUUCCGGAAUCGGCUCUGGGUGUUCCGCCGGAAGUGGCUAAAUAUGAAAGUGAACCAAACCCAUGCAUGCGAUACAUCAAACAGCGGCUUUUUCGAUAGCCUGAUGAACAGUAGGCAGGAAAUUAUUCUCGGACCAUAUCUGAACCGGUAGUGAUCCGGAACCGGUUCCGGGUGACCCGCCGAAAGUGGCCAAAUAUGAAUGUGAAUCAAACCCAUACAUGCGACACAUCAAACAGCGGAUUUUUCGAUAACCUGAUAAACAGUAGGCAGGAAAACAUUCUCAGACCAUAUCUGAACCGGUAGUAUUCCGGAAUCGGCUCUGGGUGUUCCGCCGGAAGUGGCUAAAUAUGAAAGUGAACCAAACCCAUACAUGCGACACAUCAAACAGCGAAUUUUUCGAUAACCUGAUAAACAGUAGGCAGGAAAACAUUCUCAGACCAUAUCUGAACCGGUAGUAUUCCGGAAUCGGCUCUGGGUGUUCCGCCGGAAGUGGCUAAAUAUGAAAGUGAACCAAACCCAUGCAUGCGAUACAUCAAACAGCGGCUUUUUCGAUAGCCUGAUGAACAGUAGGCAGGAAAUUAUUCUCGGACCAUAUCUGAACCGGUUCCGGGUGACCCGCCGAAAGUGGCCAAAUAUGAAUGUGAAUCAAACCCAUACAUGCGACACAUCAAACAGCGGAUUUUUCGAUAACCUGAUAAACAGUAGGCAGGAAAACAUUCUCAGACCAUAUCUAAACCGGUAAUGUGCCGGAACCGGUUCUGGGUGUUCCGCCGGAAGUGGCUAAACAUGCAAGUGAACAAACCCAUCCAUGCGAUACAACAAACAGUGGCCUUUUCAAUAGUCUGAUGAACAGUAGGCAGGGAAACAUUCUCAGACCAUAUCGGAACCGGUAGUGUUACUGAACCGGUUCCAGAUGUCACGCCGGAAGUAGCCACGAAAGGAUGGGCAGGCCUGCUGUAAAGUCAUCUGUGAUUGUGAAAGACGUUAUAUCCUAGCUUGUAAUUAUCGUCUUGUAGUUGAUCGGUCUUCAGUGAUAGUGAAGGUGCUCAAGCAAUCAACUGAAAAUUCUGAUAUUUCUCUAUUGCUCUGUCUAUACAUUUAACGUAACGUCGGAAUAUGUUCAAUUAAUAAGUUUCCCAAUUUUAUUAAAAUUAUUGCUUUUCUAAAUAAGUUAUUCUCAGGAUUCAGGAACAAUUCGCAUUACGUCGACGGAUAGAUCAUGCUUCUGAAUGAUGGCCCUAGCACAGAAACUAGCUAAACAAACAAUAGUAGAAGAUUUCAAAAACAGGGACCGAAUUCUAAACCGCCCGAUAGGUAAGAGAUUGUCCACAUCACGACGGUUUCAAACCGAACGGACUCAAUAAAUACCAAAACAUCCGUGUGACAUUUUUAAGUUGGGCAAAGCCAUCUUGACUAGGAAACCUUGACCGAUUGAACCCUUGAAAAGGCCCCAUACAGAUCGAAACGUCGAAAAAAAUCAUAAACUAGUGUUUUCGAUUCCCCCAAAAGGCUGAAGCCAACAUUCUGAAGCAAAAUCAUCCCAGUCGUAUCCCAACCAAGGAAAGAUCAUGAGUACAUGUUCGACGAGAAAACCACUAUCACCACUAGGUGGAUUAAUCUGGUUUUUUUUUACACUUUUGUUCGAUUAGAUUGGUACUAAUAGUAGUUUUUGGCAGGUGUGAUUGCAUGUCAGAAAUUUAUUAUUUUAUUUUACCUUCAACCGUCGUAACCUAUACUUGAGCUUGACUGACUGCCCGUUGUUACUAGCGAUGCCAUAUAUACAGAUUUUUGUACAAGUGAUACAGAAAAUCUUCUGGUUGUUACUACUCCAGUAUCGCAACUAUAGGCUAAACUCACAGAUUGAAAAAUUUAAGUGACUCCUAGAAACUAACUGCCAUCCUUAGUAUCAAGCCUUGAUUAAGUCAUUUCAAAUCAUAUGUGCAGCGAAUAAGAGCAGAGAUGUUUCCUUGGACUUCUGCGCAUCCAAAUCCCGCGCUACCGUAACUCUUCUUGUUUUCCUUGAGCCGGGACGUUACCACAAUAGUCAGAAAUGAGCUGCAUAUGGAAUACUUUGGCGGUGAAGAUUGAAGGCGUUGGAACGUACGUUAGCAGAAUGUAUGGUCCUUCCGAGAAACUCGCGAUUGCUGCUCAAGAGCCGGACAAGGAUUGUUGGUGGUAGUAGCUCCUCUCUGGAGCCACCAAUUGUUGAUGUCAGCUCAAUCUUUCAAUUGGCAGCACGAUUGGUGUACUGUUCUUCUUGCGGUGGGACUUGCCCAAAUACUGACUGAAUCCUGCCGCACUCUUGUCUACAGCUAUCGCGACGAUUGAUCUACGAUUAUCAGAAUGACGAAACCCACAGUCGUUUGACGGUACCGGCGAAAAGUUGAUGGUCGACUAAUUAUGACUGAGUUUCGUCGUAAAGCCCUUUGAAGGCGACGUAAAAGCCAUUCGUCACCGUUGUUUUUUCGGACGAAGAUGACUUUAUUGUUUUCUUCACGUAGCGGUGACGAGAAGGACGAUUGUCAGCCCUGGUGCCAACCAGACGGAACGCGUUACUUUCGAACAUCGAUACUACUCACUCAGGGUAGGAGGUUCAAGAAGGAGAAUCGAAGGAGAAAAUCGAUACGUCCAAAUCGUGUGUGAUAGCAUUUUGGCCUUUCUAGUCGCAUGUCAACGUUCUCACAUUCGGAACCUGAGCUUGCCAGAGUGAGUCAAAAUUUGAUCGAUCCAAUGAUUUUUGACUUACACAAUUCUAAGUAUCAAUGAAUUGAAUGAAUUGGGAACUUCGAGUUGCACUUCGUACUCUGAGAUUGAUCGGAGUCAGGAACAUUUCUUGGAUCGGAUAGGUCCCGAAUAUCCUGCUUGGGCAGCUGAUAUUCGUUGCUGAUUGGAUGAGAUCUGUGAACUUUGUGUAUUUAGCUUACUGCUUAGCAAACGAUAACGAUGGGGAUCGGAGCAGUCAAUGGCUAUGGCAAAGUUCUAUCAUGAAAUACUUCUCGUGGGUAAUCAACAAUCGAUGGAUUGUAUUGCACCUCAUCGGGAUAAUGGCUUAAAUUUUUCAAAUGGAGGAGACCGUGUCUCUGAGGCCGACCUGGAGCAUCCUCUACAUUCCUUGGGUAAGCCCUGGCUAAGCUAGUUUUAGACGACAGUGAGUACGUUAUCCAUUCGCAUCAGCUUCAAUAUCAUGUACUCUUAGGGGCUAUCCAUUAAGUACGUCACGGUCUUAGGGGAGAGGGGGGUUGGUGAAAGUCUGACAAGCAAUGUAUUAAUUAUAGCAAAACCCCGUACGAGGAGGAGGGGGUCGAAAAUUCCCAAUUUUGCGUGUCGUACUUAAUGGAUGUUCCCUUACUGGCGUGUGAGCGACGUAAAAUCCUUUAGUACUUACUUCAGAAUCAACAAAUAUUCUCCAAUCGGCGGUGUCUUGUUCAGCAUCAUGUUGAUUCAUUUUGAAGGAUUCAAUCAUUCUAUUUAUCGAUGUGAAAACUGUGUGCAACUACUUCUUGGGCUAGAAUACGGUGAAAUCGUGUGCCGGUUUGCAGCACCUGUUUGAUGCAACGACAAGAGCUGCUCUUGGUCGGCGAUACUUUGAUAGCUAGUUUACAAAAUAAAACGAAAGUCGUGAACUUCUGUCAACGACCAAAAUUUUUGAAGCACAAUUAAGCGCUGAUUUCGAAACCGACCUUCAAAAAAUUUUAAGUAGAACGGUUUUUGAGUUUUAGCUCAAUAUCGAGUUUCACAACUUUGGAAAAUAUGGAAUUUACUAAAAUUCAAAUAUCUUGCGUUUUGUUCAACCAAUUUUAAAUCUUUUUCCAUAAAUUAAAAUUCAGCUUUUACCAUUUACCAAUACCAUUUGAUCAUCUGAAUGCAGGUUUUGCGUCAGAUUGAUGAAAUUCAAGAUAUUGGCGAGUUUUAGGGACGAUCUUCUUAAAUUUUAGCCAAAUUUCCAAAAAUAUAUGAAGACAUGUAUUUUUUUCAAUAAGAAUAAAACAAUCUUAAAAUUCUUUCUCAACGUUUAUUUAACAUAUCAUAUGUAGGCAAGUUACAGUAAAAAAUUCAGCUCAAUCGGAGCAUUGAUUACGAAGAAUGACAUGUGUGAAGUAUGCGACGUUGCUUAAAAAUAGAACAAAAAUCGAUUUCAAAUCAUCAACCUUGUAUGAAAAGUCGAAAAAAAUUCCGCUCCACUGUAAUUUUUUUCCUUCGCGUUUUCGAACUCAGGGCAUGAUUCUACACCAAAAAUGAUCAUCAGCUUACCGAGUUCAAAAAUGCUGUAAACUAUUGUAGUUGGUUCGACUGUGGCAUGAGUUGGUCGUUUCCGCUGGGCGUUCAUAAACCUGUCGAGUGGAAAAGUUGCCCCUGCACAGCACCCCAGGUAACAAUUUGAUGCUGUACAAACGUUUCUCCAACUAUUUUAAAUCAGCCUUCAUUUGAACUAAAGCUGAGCACAAGUGGUAUAUUCCUUUAUUCAGCUCUUAAACAUCUAAUUGUGGUGAUUUUGUUCAACCUUUAGCUGAUUUGAGGUUCAUUGGCAGGCUGAUUUAAGGCCUAAUAUGCGCUUAAUCUUAAACAGUUAAAUUUAUUAAAUGUGUUAAAAUAAAAUAAAAACACUUUCGUGAGCCUAUUUUUAACAUAACAUUUAACAUAACAUCUAUUACCAGAAGAGAUGUUUAGGCAUGCAUAAAUUAAUGAGUCCGACAGUUUUCCCGGGAAUUGAACUCGGACCUUCUGUUUUAUAGUCACUUACCUUAGCACCUACACCACACACACAUGUAUAUGUACAUAUCCUUGAAAACAAGAGCAUUACUUGUUGUGUCUGAAUAGUCAAGAAUAAUAUUCUUGACUAUAACUUAUAGUUAUACUAAGUUUAUAUUGAGGCUGAAGAAGCGAUGUUGACUUCACGAAACAUGCUUGGGGCCAGCUGUCAAAAAUUAUUUGAUUUAAGGUUAAACAACAGAUUAUUAAUUCUGCAUGUUGGUGUAUGUUUUAAAGCUGGUUACCCAGAUGAAUAAUAUUCUAUUCAACUUGAUAUUCAGCCAUCUAUGUAAUGCUGAUUUGCGAGGUUGAAUAAGCCAUACUUCAGACCAAUAUUCAGCCGUCAUUGUUUUCAGCCAUGACACCAUUAACCAGCUUUUGUUCAGCUAAUACUCUCACUGUUCAGCAUUCAUUGUUACUUGGGACCUGCUUCGGCUAUUGGAGGAAGUGGAGCAAACUCUCAAGCGUUAUCUAUACUGCCGUAAUUCUGCAAAGUGACGUAAGUGACAUUGAUAGUUUAGGCCCAUUUUUUGGUUAUUAUGCAUAAAACUUUUGCUCAUCCUCUAAGUUUCUUUCCAUAGAUGAUAGAUUACGACUAGGAAUUCUUAUACAGCAGGCAUUCCACAGUGUUAUUUUUACUCCAGAUAUUAUAUAUAAUAUACCAAAAAAUAUCGAAAUUUUGAAUGGCGCUUACGUCACUUUGCAGAAUUAUGACAGUAUAGAUUUAUUUUUCAGUGGCAUGCCCUGAUACUGUCGGAUAGUUGAGCGACGAUACUUUGAUUCAACUUCGGGAUUGAAACUAGGCAAACGGGAUCAUGAUUGGUUUUUAACGGCGAUACACAUUUUUUUCGGCGGUAUAAAUCUCGAUGAAAGAACCACGCAGUCGUGUCAAGCAUACGGGAGGAUGUUGCGAUCGGCACAAUCUUUCUUCUCGUGGCGCUACACGUUCAGGUACGAGCCCAGAGGUCGGAGACGUGUCGGACGAUGCAAGUUGUGGUUUAAAGAUCACGGCGACGUUUCGCAAGAUCAUCCAAGGAUCUUCGGAUGAACUUUGCAGGUCAUCAUCUGUAAGACCAAGUAAACCUCAUAAACUUUUAAUCUCUUAUUAAGCGGAUUGCCUUCGACUAGUGAUCUUAUUAGAGUCUCCACUGUAGCGACACUGUGUAACCUCACAGUGUAGCCAGGAAAGCAGACGCGGACAGUGGAAGUGCUUGACUAUAUGUCACGUGAAAGGAUGUGAUUUGGGAAGAAGUGCAGCAUGUUUGUUGCAAGGGCGCAAGGCGAAUGAGGGUCGUUUUGGCUUCCACUAACUGUUGAAGAAAAAGACUGACAGUGGUGGUAGCUUGGUUUGAUUCUGGUUGAGUACGAGUUUUGGCACAACAAUUCGUAACGAAACGCUAGCAAUAGGUGACGAUUGUAGACGAUUGUAGAAGAACCAUUGACAACAAGUUGAUCGCUGUUGGCCGCUGCAAAAUCCGUUCGAACCUCAAGGUCUUUUUGGGUACGUUUGGAGCUUGGCGUGCUGUCCAACACUGUGCUUGACAUGUUAACCAUUCGGGUCCGCUACGCCAAAGGUUGCCUCUGACGAAUUCCAGGUACAGCGAUGGGUGAAGUUUUGGAUCUCUGAGACCCGAUUACCGACGUAUGUCUUCCAAAAGUUCGGAAGUGACCGGAUUCACUGCAGCGUAAUGGCAACGUCGGACCACAAAAUCGAGGCGGAAAUAUCAUCAACUAAUUUUUGAAUCACCAGAUAGCUCGCGACUUUUUGAAGAACUUUACCGAAGACGACACUUUUCUAUCUGCUCUGGAUCCCGAGAGAGAGAUAAAUUGAAAUCUUUACUUGACGACUAACGCCACCUAGCGUCGAAAUCAUCAACAAAAUGUAAAAUUACAAUCACAAACUAAUUGGUGUAUCACUAGAUUGUUCUUGACCUACUGAACAACUUUGCCGAAAACAGCAUUGUUCCAAAUAAAGUAGAUCUUGUGAUAUCGCAUGUGAUAACUUAUGAUUGCUUCUACUGGCGAGUGUACAUUGCAACCACUUCUACAUAGCACCUCUAACGGCCAAAUUGCCGACUAACUAGAUGUUAGUUGGCAUUGUGUGAUAGAUCUAAUACUACAACUUUGCCAAAGAAAGUAUGGCGCUAUCUUGUAAUACACCAGAGAUAUUCGCUCACACCCCCAAUUAGGCGAAAUCCCAUAAGCUCUGGGAUUCCUAUAACACGGACUGCCGUGUAAUAGGAAUCCGUGUAGCAGGUGACCGUGUAGACGGAAGCCGUGUAGUAGGAGUCUAGACUGUAAUUCUUUUGAUCCGAUCGUAAAGAUGAACACACCUAAAACAGCAGUGCAAAGUUCCAAACGUGGAAGAGUAACUAGUUUUAGGGGAUUCACGCACGAUAUGGAUCCCAGCAGGCAAAUACGAGUCUGACCUUGAUCGUUUUCGCAGCGAGUGUAGAUGCAUGCACCGUAGGCAGAUUCCAAGGCAUCGAAGAAAGUGUGUAGUUGGCCAGUUGAGCAUUCGUAAUUUCACUGAAUCAUAAGACUGGAAGACACAACGUCUACAAAGUAACCC